AUGGCGCCUCUGACAAGGGAGGACAAGUACGCCAUUGGGCUGCUCAUCAUCUUAUACUUAAUACAAGGGAUUCCCAUCGGUCUUGCAUUUGGCUCUAUCCCAUUCCUGCUCAAAGCCCGUCUAUCGUACUCCGAGAUCGGCGUGUUCACGCUAUGCACCUACCCAUACUCGCUCAAGCUCUUCUGGUCCCCUAUCGUCGAUUCCGUAUUCCACCCCGGACUGGGGAGACGAAAAAGCUGGAUCGUGCCGAUUCAGACUAUCAUGGGCUGUCUCAUGAUCUGGAUGGGAGCGAAUGCCCAAGCGCUGCUGGACGCUCCCGUUCCGGACGUGACUAAGCUCACCGCCAUAUUUACCACUCUCGUUUUCUUCGCCGCCACGCAGGAUAUUGCUGUUGAUGGUUGGGCGCUUACCCUUCUUUCCAAAGAGAACCUUUCCUACGCUUCCACGUGCCAAACCAUCGGCCUCAAUUCUGGCUACUUCCUUUCCUUUACUGUAUUCCUAGCGCUGAACAGCGUUGAAUUCGCAAACAAGUACUGGCGAAAAGAACCGUCCGACAUACCCCUGCUUUCCCUGGGCGCAUACCUACAGUUCUGGGGCAUAAUCUGCUUCUGUGUCACUCUUGGGCUGUUGUUCCUCAAGAAAGAAGAACCGCCGCAUGAGGACAGUGCCGAUCUGAGCCUAGGCAAAGUCUACAGGAUCAUGUGGCGGAUAUGCCAAUUGAAGCACGUCCAAUCCCUCUGCCUCGUCCACCUUGUCUCAAAAAUCGGCUUCCAAGCCAACGACGCCAUCUCAUCACUGAAGAUGGUCGAAAAAGGUCUAGGAAAAGAAGAUCUCGCCAUUGCGGUGCUGAUCGAUUUCCCCUGCCAGAUAGUUGGUGGGUGGCUCGCCGCCCGCUGGUCAGUAGGCUCCCACGCUCUCAGACCAUGGCUUUACGCCUAUUGGGUCCGGCUCGGCUUCUGUCUCGUCUUCGUUGGGAUCAUCUACUGGUGGCCGCAGCCACCGCUCACAAUGAGCUUCUUCGCGUUCUUGGUGCUGAUGAGCGUGCUUUCGAGCUUUGCGGGCACGAUACAGUUUGUGGGCGUGUCGGCGUUCCAUACUCAGAUUGCGGACCCUGUCAUUGGCGGGACUUACAUGACGGUGAAUGUACAGAUAUCUAACCUAGGCGGGACGUGGCCACGCUAUUUUGUACUCAAAGGCGUCGACCUCUUCUCCGUGGCGACAUGCUCCAUUCCCCAAGGGGAGGACAAUAUCGUCUUACAAGGUACUGAAUGUGUUUCGGAACAUGGGAUGGCGCAGUGUAAGGAGCUUGGAGGAACCUGUAUCACCGAGAGGGAUGGGUUUUACACUGUCUCAUGGAUAUGCAUGACGCUGGGUGUCAUCAUUUUCCUCGCUUACAUCGGUCCCGCAGCUCGGCGGUUACAAGCCGUUCCCCCGCAGAAAUGGAAGGUGCAUACGGGGUGA